AUGGGAAACCUUAGCCAGUUCUUGGGUAUAAAAGUGUUUAGAGACAAAGUAGGACUAUAUUUGACUCAAACAAAAUAUGCCAUUGACCUACUCAAAAAAUUUGGGUAUGAAAAUCCAAAACCAAGCUUGAUACCCAUGGCAGCUGAGAAGUUAAUAACCAAGACUGAGGGACAUGCUUUGGAAAAUCCAACCUCGUAUAGAAGUGCUAUCGGUGGCCUCCAGUAUUUAGCUUAUACAAGACCUAAUAUCACUGAUUCCGUGAAUAAAAUGAGCCAAAUUUUCCAAACGCCAAGUAAUGCUCCCUGGAAGGCACUCAAAAGAGUGUUUAGAUACCUGAAAGGAACACUAAAACAUGGCCUUGCCAUUCAAAAGAGUGAUAACCUAGACAUAACAGCGUUUGCAGAUUCUGAUUGGGCAUCAUGCCUAGAUGAUAGAAGAUCCACUGCAGGUUAUUGUGUAUAUCUUGGAGAUAACCUAGUGUCCUGGUGUUCGAAGAAGCAACAUGUGGUUGCAAGGUCAAGCACGGAGGCAGAGUACAGGGCAUUGGCUCAUAGAACCGGACUGGACGACACCCGAUUUCUCUAUCAUUUAAAAACUCAAUCAUCACCUUUGGAUCUAAUCCUCAAUCCAACGGCCAUGAACAUCCCUUGCUUACAUGGCAGAACCAUCACAUUCUCAUCUGAACAAGCUGCUCCCUGUCAUUUUAUUUUUGAUAGGGCCUGCAUCACGACGGCGCAACCAUCUACAUCGGAGGAGUGCUCGCUGUUAAAAGCGAUGGACGGUGAAGCUCCUUCCACCGGUGAAGUCCCGAGUAGUGGGAUGAGUGAGGAACGAGUCAAAUGCUGA